CGGAAGCCGGUGACAGCGCGGCCCGGCGGCCCGAAGCCGGGCGGAGCGAGGCCGGGCCUUGCGCCCGCCGUUGCUUGCGGCCUUCCCGUGCCGCCUUGGGCAGCCUCGCGUUGGCGGAGGGGGCUCCGCGCUGAGCCCCGAGCGGGGACGGAGCUGGGGGGAAGCGGGCCGAAGGGAGGAGAGCCUUGACAGAAGCGCCUGACACAAGCAAGCGGGCCUUCCGGGUGCUCUGAGCCUGUGGCUGCACUGAGCAUGGACACCCUGAAGAACCGUACCGUGGAGGAGCUGCAGGCCCUGCAGGAGGAUGCUGCGGAGAUCGAGCGCUUGGCCCUGGAGUCCAGGGAGGUGCAGGAGCUGCAGCUGGAGAGGGAGAUGGCGCUCGCUGCCAACCGCAGCCUUGCCGAGCAGAACCUGAAAUUCCAGGUCCCGCUGGAGACAGGACGCUCUGAGCUCUCCAGCAAGUACGAGGAGCUGCAAAAGCUUGCUGAACACUGUAAGGAGCAGAAGGCAAAGCUGGAGAAAUUUUCAGCCGCAAUGCAUCCUCAGAUGUUGCUGGAUCUCCUGCAGGUGGAAAGCCAAAAAAUUGAAGAGGAGUCUGAGAAAAUGGCUGAGAAGUUCCUGGAGGGUGAGGUAGCCCUGGAGACCUUCCUCGAGCAGUUCUCGGUGAUGAGGAAGUUGUCCCACUUGCGCCGGGUCAAGGUGGAAAAGCUGCAGGAGGUGCUGCGGAAGUCGCGAGCGCCACAGGAGCCUGUCAGGGACUCACAGCAGCAGCAGCCUCCUUGUGCACCCGUGGACCCACCGCAGCCACUGCCCGUCCCAUCAGGGUCUCCUUCCUUGCCGCUGCCCUAUAGCCCGGCCCCAGCCAUGCCGCUCGGCCCCACGGCGCACGGAGCUCUCCCACCCGCUCCUUUUGCCGGCGCCCCGCUCCCCUCGGGCCACGUUGCUGCCUCUCAGCCCAGCACCCAGCCUGCCUUUCCCUACCAGCCUCCUCCAGGUGCCCCCUACCCACCCUUGCAGGCUGCCGACUCCGCACCAGGCUACCCCAAGGCUCCCCCGGGCGCCUCGCCUGCACCAGCCUACUCCUGGUCUCCAUCCCGGGGCCCUCCGCAUGCCCCCUCCUUUCCCUCCACUCCGCCACCCAGACCUGGCUACCCACCCUACACGCCCCCCGGGGCCGGGCGGCCUCAGUGUCCCUACCCCACACAGCCUCCCCUCCCCAGUUUCCCCAUCCCCCCUCAGCCUCCCUAUCCACCAGGGCCGCCCUAUGGGUACCACCCCCCACCUGGGAACUCCCCGCGCCCCGCUUGGCCUGGCAACUAAACCAGACAGCGUCCUCUGCUGCUCCCUCCUCUUGUGGACUGAGGAAGAGGAGUGAGCCCAGAGCGUGGCUCUGCACCAGAGCGUUGCAUAGGGUGAGAGAUGCAGUAGCAGCCACACCUCUUUAGGAUCAUUUUGGAGUGGUUGCUGGCUGGCUGAAGCAGCUGCUUCCCAACGGGAUCGUCCAAGCUCUGCUAUAACACCCAGGCAGCCAGCUGGGCACUGAUAGGGCCUGACCCCUCUGUGUGCGAGCAGGCAGUCCUCUGGGACCUCCUGUUUAUAACACACGUAGCAUAGGAACUCCCAGCUUCUUCACAGGUAUCCCGAAGGCACAGUGGGAAUCACAGUAUUUCGGCCGCAGGGCGUUUGCUGCCUGCAAGGGGCCUUCCUGAAAUAAGAGGUGGAAGCAGCUGGGCUCACAGGUGCGUGGCAGCGGGGAGAAGCCACCAGCGCGCCCCAAAAGAGAAGCGCAUCCCAACGCUGCCCCUUUCAGGUGGCAAAACCCUUCCCCACGCUGCCUGGGGGUGCUCGGUGUGCUUGUACACUAAGCAACGCUGGCGCUGCCCCGUGGGGUGUGCCCAGGUCGCAGGGGGAAGUCAGUGGUGCACGCUCAGCCGCUCCCCUGUGGUGCCCAGGGGUGGAUUUGGGAUUCCCCUUCUCAGGAAACACUAGCUGAUGGGAAACCAGGGCUGCCAGCGGAAACGGCGUCUGCCUUGCUCAGCACUUUUUCCCCACCAACCCCGCUUCUCUGUCUGUAAGUUAUUUAUAAGGGAAGUUUACUAAUGGACUAGAACAAGAGGAAUGCUUUGGGGGUGGGGGUGGGGGGGGUCAAUGGAAGCAGUCCGACGUCGUGGUUAAUGACAGUAAUAAAACUUGACGAAUCACACA